AUGGCAUUUAAAUUUCAGUUUGUAUCUCUGUUCGCUCUAUUGGCCGUCGCCAGUGCCGGUAUUGCUCCCGCCACUCAUGUUUAUCACACUGCCCCGGCUACUGUGCUUAAAACUGUAUCCGAAGUACAACCCAUUUACGCCAAAGUUGAUGAUGAAUUCGAUCCUCAUCCUCAAUACAAAUAUGGUUACGAUGUUAAGGAUACCGUAUCGGGUGAUUCGAAGAGCCAAGUUGAAGAACGUGAUGGUGAUGUAGUACGUGGUGAAUACUCACUGAUUGAUGCUGAUGGUUUCAAACGCACUGUCAAAUACACCGCUGAUGAUGUCAAUGGUUUCAACGCCGUUGUUCACCGUGAACCUUUGGUCAAGACUGUUGUAGCUGCUGCUCCUGCUGCUGUUGUUAAGACUGUUGCUCCAGUUGCUCAUUAUGCUGCACCAGCUUAUACCCAUUACUCAGCUCCAGCCUAUACCACCACCUAUUCCUCCCAUCACCAUUAA